AUGUCUAUUCGUGAUGACAAUGACUCCCACCUUGAAGUUUCAGAAGAAGGUGAGGUUGCAGAAAUGACCCUAGUCGAACAUCUUGUAAGCAAGAUCUGGAAAUCUUGGGAUCGCAAAAGAGAAAAAAAAUUACCUAUCGAUUUUCCAAGUAUUUGGGUUAAUUUUUCUUGUAUACUAAAAGUUGCAUCAUUUGGAAUUCGAUGGAGAUCACCGACAAGAUGUUUCAAUAUUGCUUAUGCAAAUAUAUAUAUCUUGAACCAACACAAACAAAUCAAUUUCAAUGGCAAGUGGGUACAAAAAAGAAUAGAAAUCUUUAAAACUCUUGCUAAACCAGCUGAAAUAAAACGGCUCAACAAAGCAAUUAAACUAAUUCCAAAAGAUGGUGUUUUUCAUAUAUCCAAAUCUAUUGAAGCACGUACACCACAUUCAGCAACAUCACCUGCAGUUGAUUUAGUUGCAUUUCGUGAACAAGAUGAAAGUCAUCAUGAACAAAAACAAGAAUUAAAAAGAAAAUAUGACGUCAUUGAAGAAACAAAUAAUGAAGAUGAUGCUGAUUAUGAUAGUGAAGAUGAUGUGAGUGAAGAUGAAAAUGAUGAUUAUGAUGAUGCUGAUCAUAAUGAGAAUUAUUACGACAAUAAUUAUGACAAUGAUGAACCACUUGAUGAUUAA